GGCAGAGAAUUAUCAUUGCUUUAACCAAUCAAUGCUUGACUUUCUAAAAAAUUCUACAAACUUUGGCAACAAUAAAUUAAAAGAAAUCCAUGCAAUUAGUCCAAAUAGACGGAGAUGCAGAUUUAACUAUUCACAAUAUUUCUAUACUCCCUUCAGAUCAGUGUGCAACAGAAGAACAAAGAGUUGCAAAAUGUUGCUGUGGGACUGGAUUCUUCUACGAUUUUCCUACAGGAAAGUGCCUUGUUUCGGCAAAUGUAGGUUUUAUGUUUGGACGUUUAAACAAUGGAUGGACACACGUAGCUAUUUAUGGUUUUGUUUAUCCAAUGCUUGUCCUUGUAAUGAUUGCACCUUUGAGUGCCGUCAUGCUCGGAAUGAGUAAACGUGAAAAACGUGAGGGAGAGUCUAGAUAUGUUAGUGUAUAUUUAAAUAAAUUAUUGACUCUAAUAUAUUUUCAGCCAAAUCCAUUAUAUCAACUAAUUUCACUUUUAUGCUUUUGUGCCUGGAUGUCACUUUUGGCACCACUUCCAUUUAGCUGUUGGUAUUACGUUCUAGGUGACGGUCUUAGACAUAUGAAUCAAAGUAUAGCAAUGUGCCAUUUAUUUAGAAAUACAAUGGAAGUUAUUCCACACACAACAGAUACUUUAAUUACUCUUUGCUCUGUAAUCCUCGCAGGAGCUAGAUUUUUAACUCAAUAUCAUCGAAACACUUUAAAAUUGAGAACUGUUGAACGUUUUUCUCGUGCCAUUUUGUUUGUUAUUUUGUUGAGUGUUAUUCUAGGAGGACUACGUUUCUUUGAACACGAUGUUGCACUUUACUCUCUUUGCAUGGUUACGGAUGGAUCAUUAGUCUCAUUUUUACGAUUAGGGCGAGCAUUUUGGAAGAUUUUUCUGCCAUUAGCUGAUCUUUUUGCUCAAUUUAUUUUACCUGGAGCUGCUCUCAUUCUUAUUCAUAUUGGUUUCAAUAGAGAAAGGGUUAUAGACUGUCAGCCAGAUGAACAUAAUCGAUUUGGACGUUCCUUACGUGAUCAGACAAAAAUACUUAUUUAUGCCGUUACAAUAGCUUUUCUUGUUGUUCAAUUACCUACAAGUACUGUUACUAUGUUAAGUAACACUUCUUGCUAUUUUAUUUGGUCAUUUACAACCUUUAUUUUCUGCUGCCACCGUAAGUCUUCUAUAAUUGCCAAUUGUGGCUGUGUUCUUACAGCAUAUUAUGUUAUUGUUAAAGAUGAUGAUUUAGAUAUAGAUCAUGAUCGUUCGGAGUCUUCUGUAGAUUUAGUUGUUAAUGAACAUUUACUUAGAAAUUACCUCUCUACUUCAUUCUCAUUUGACAAUGCUUCAAUGUAUAGUUCAAGAAGGGGAAGUGAAUAUCCAGAACAAAUGAUAUUCAUAAAUGCCCCUUCUUCUCAUUCACCAAUUCCACAUCAGAGUCGCUCAAAUACACCUAGGGAGUUGCAGUCAACUACUGCAUGCUCAGAUAAAUAA